AUGACCAUCCUCAAUGAUCAACCCGCAUUUGUGUCACAAGUAGGGAAUAACUUGUCAAAGAAUGAUGCAGAAGGUGGCUUUAUGGCUCCAGAUAUCAAUUCAUAUGGCCACUCUUUCAGAGAUUAUGAUGUUGAAAGUGAAAGGAAAAAAUGUGUGGAGGAAUUUUAUAGGUUGCAACACAUAAACCAGACAUAUGAUUUUGCUAAGGGAAUGAGGGAGAAAUAUGUGAAAUUGGACAAAGCUGAAAUGGGCAUAUGGGAAUGUUGUGAACUGCUGAAUGAUGUGGUGGAUGAUAGUGAUCCAGAUUUGGAUGAACCUCAAAUUCAGCAUUUGCUGCAAUCUGCUGAGGCCAUUAGAAAAGACUAUCCAGAUCAAGAUUGGUUGCAUUUGACCGCUCUCAUCCAUGAUCUUGGAAAGAUCAUUCUUCUUCCUAACUUUGGUGAGCUUCCUCAAUGGGCUGUUGUUGGAGAUACAUUUCCCCUAGGGUGUGCCUUUGACGAGUCAAAUAUUCACCAUAAGUAUUUCAAGAACAACCCAGAUAACGAAUGUCCUGCAUAUAAAACCAAAAAUGGGAUCUACACAGAAGGUUGUGGGCUAAACAACGUAAUGAUGUCAUGGGGACAUGAUGAAUACAUGUAUUUGGUUGCUAAGCAAAAUGGCAGCACUUUGCCAUCUGCUGGAUUGUUCAUUAUCAGAUUUCACUCUUUCUAUCCUCUACACAAGGAAGGUGCAUACACUCACUUGAUGAAUGAAGAAGAUGUUGAGAAUUUGAAAUGGCUCAAAAUAUUCAACAAAUAUGAUCUCUAUAGCAAGAGCAAAGUUCUAAUUGAUGUGGAGGAAGUUAAGCCAUAUUAUAUGUCACUGAUUGAGAAAUACUUCCCUGCCAAGCUUAGAUGGUGA